UAUUUCCCUCAAAGUUAACGCACCGCGCAGUUCUGUGAAUGUCUCCUUCCUUUUAAAACCGCUGCUAUUAGACAUAAACGGGGCCAAAGGAAACUUUUAUCUAAAUUAAUGGGAUAUACACAUUUUGCCGUAAGAAGAUUCGCUUUUCGCUGUACUAAAGACGAUUAGAAUAUCGCAAUGUCUCGAGUAGCGGAUUUGUCGAAACUUCGCGAGGAGAGGAUGAGAGAAAUCAGUCAGAGGAAUAAAGAGAAGGAGCGCAUGAGGGAGCGGGAGAGAGAAGCCAGAGAUCGCGAGGCGCGCUACAGUAAUGGCCACCUCUUCAACUCUCUCACCGUGUCUGGAACCACGCUCUGCUCGGCCUGCAACAAGAGCAUCACCGCUAAGGAGGCCCUCAGCUGCCCGACCUGUAACGUCACCAUCCACAACCGCUGCAGGGAUACACUACCAAACUGUGUCAAAAUGAAACAAAAGCAACAGAAAAUGGCGCUGAUAAGGAACAACUCGGCCUAUCAGAAUGUGACUCUGAGGAAUAGAGUCCAAUCAAAGGAUCGGCCAAAUUCUGCCAUCUACCCAUCAGACAGUCUUCGCCAGUCACUUCUCGGCGCCCGUCGUGGGCGGUCUUCUCUCUUACUUUCCAAAAGCGUCUCCACCAAUAACAUUGCAGGGACUCUGAAUGAUGACUCUCCUCUGGGGCUGCGCAGGAUCUUGUCUCAAUCCACAGACUCACUCAACUUCAGGAGCAGAACCAUGUCCAUGGAGUCACUCAAUGAUGAGGGAGAGUGCUACUUCACCUCUCUGCUGGAUGAUCUGGAGUUUGAAGGUCGGGAAUUUGAAGCAGAUUCCUGGAGCAUGGCGGUAGAUUCCACCUACUUGCAAACCCACCGUAAAGAUGUUAUCAAGAGACAGGACGUCAUCUACGAGCUGAUCCAGACGGAGCUCCAUCACGUUCGGACGCUGCGGAUCAUGGAUGGUGUAUUCAGGCGGGGGAUGCUGGAGGAGGUGCAGCUGGAGCCGGGGGUCGUGCAUGCUCUGUUCCCCUGCCUGGAGCGCCUGUUGAUGCUUCACACGCACUUCCUCACACAGCUCCUCGCGCGCCGCACUCAAAGCCUGCAACCUGACAGCGCAUACAAUUUCACCAUCAAUCAGAUCAGCGAUUUGCUAAUACAACAGUUCUCAGGUCAGUCUGCUGACGAGAUGCUGAAGGUGUAUUCUGAGUUCUGCAGUCGUCAUAUGAAGGCCGUCAAACUCUACAAAGAGCUGCUGGCCAGAGACAAGAGACUGCAACACUUUAUACGGAGGGCGAGUCGGGGCCCUCUACUGCGUCGUCACGGGUUCCAGGAGUGCAUCCUAUUGGUCACUCAGCGCAUCACCAAAUACCCCGUCCUGUUGCAACGUAUCUAUGAUAACACCAAAGACAAUCCAGAGGAAGCUGCAGGUCUGUCUCAGGCACUGUCUUGUAUACGGGAGCUGCUCUGUGGGGUGGACCAGCAGGUGUUGGAGCUUGAAAGGACACAGCGGCUGCAGGAGAUCCGAUCCAGGGUCGACCCGCGGGCCGAAGCCAAACUCCGCUCCGGAGCCCUGUUUAGACCGGCUGAACUGCACCGCAGACAGCUGAUACACGAAGGCACGCUGCUCUGGAAAACGCCCAGCUCUCGCCUCAAAGAUGUUCAGGUUAUGCUGAUGACUGAUAUUCUAGUAUUCUUGCAAGAAAAAGAUCAACGGUUCAUCUUUGCCAGUUUGGAUAAAUCUGCUGUGGUCUCACUGCAGAGUCUCUUGGUCCGAGACAUAGCCAAUCAGGAGCGAGGCUUGUUCCUGAUCAGCAGUGAGUCCAGCCCACCUGAGAUGUACGAGCUUUACGCUGCAUCUAAAGAUGACAGAAACACCUGGAUACGGCUCAUACAGCAAACCAUCAGCAGCUGUCCAUCAAGAGAAGAAUUCCCUCUUAUAGAAACAGAGGACAAGGCCCUUCUGCGAAGACUCAAAGCUGAUAUCCAGCAGAAGGACAGGGAGGUGUUAGAGCUGCUUCAGGAGCGGGUCACCCUGUUCUCUGACUUGGCGGAGGUCAUGGGAGGUUAUGAGGUCAUGCUGCCAUCCUGUUCCAGAAACCUGUUCAGAGCCGAGUCUCCUCAGGCGACUCACGGGGAACAGCUGCUCACACAGGCCAUAACUGAGGUGGACAGAUUGACAGAGCUGCUAUUAGGAUCCAAUUUUGAGGUUCCUCUGCCCUGCAGUUCCAACGGCCAUCACAACCACGCUGGAGCGCUAGUAAUCAAUGGACAAGAGGUAUUAGUCAAUGGCUCUCAGGAGAACCAAGCUGCUCAGGAUGGAAAUGGGAAUCAAAUGGAGGACAAGACACCAAGUGAGGAGGUGUCACAGAGGCUGGUGAAUCUCAGUGCUCAGUUACACGCUCUGCAGGGUGUGGUGAUACGACAGGACUCCAUCUUAGAGCUCUGCCUACGAGAGAGCUCCGUCUCCCCGGCCACCGCAGGGGUUCGUACGGUGCGCUCCCUGUCCCGGGAUGGAGCGAGUGACGUUGGCUCUCUGGGAGACCUGGCCCUGCUUCAACGGCAGCACAGUCUGCUGCAGGAGGAGCUGGGACGCCUCAGGGGAGCCGAGGGUAGACUCAGGGACAGCGAGAGAGCCAGAGCCCAGCUGGAGAAACAGCUCAGGGAUCUUAAGACCAAUAGCGCUGCUCUAGGGGAUGGAGCUGGAAGUGCAGGCUCUAAGGCCCCAUCAACUCGCAGAGAGAGCGAUACCGACCCUAAUACUGACACCCCAUUGGCUAGCCAGGAAUUGAUGGACCAAUCAGAUGGCCUGCAGGAAUGCAGCGAUGUGGAAGUGGAUGUGAUAUCUGAUGAUGAUGAUGAUGACAAUGAUGACGACGAGGUGGAUUCGAGGGUGUCUCCCCGUUCAGAAAGUCCCAGAGAUCUGCAGGACAUUCCUGAAGAGAGUGAAUCCUCCUCAGACCCUCGGGACCGUGAGGCCUCACACUGCUAAUGUUUUUUCAAUCCUCAACCCAAGACUGGCCCGUUGUCUGAUGGAACUAUAGACUAUAGACUCCAUGAGCAGUCUUGUGUAGUUCAUGAAUAUUCAUUUCAUUUUAUACAUACAGUAUUUAGUUGUAUCCAGUAAUUUUGCUUACAGCUUCUGUGUGGCCGUUUAUGACAUGUUAAUAUUCAACACGUCUUCUCCUUGGAAUCCAAUCAUAUGGCUUUUGACAUCCAUGGAACAAUAAGGAAAUGCCAAAGCAUCGUGAUGGAGAUGGAGUCCGGCAAAUCAUGGGACUUUGCACUUGAUAGCGGCAUGAAACAGCCUUGGGAGUCUUUGAGAAGCAACAUUCUUUAAGAAUCUUAAAAUCAACCAAAUCAACCAAACAUAACUGAUCCAGCUCAAGGGUACCGG